GUAUCCUCUGUUCAUACAAAAGUUUCGUCUCCUUAGUCCAGAUUAACGCCAGAACACUUACUCAACCUCUACAAACUCCAAGUACUUUGACCGUCGGAAACGGUGCCAGCUAUGGCGCCGAAGGUGAAGGAGACGUCGCGCUUUGAGCCUCCUGUUGCAUCAAUAACUUACGACCGGCAAGGUCGCCCUGUGUAUGGCGUGCGUAAUGUGCCCAGCCGCGUGCCCCUCACAGGACAAUUUGAGGCGCAGAAGACACUGGAGAACGAGGCCGCAAGUCAGCGGCAGCAGAUGCCUCCCGCUGGCCUGCGCUCCGCAGCGCGAACGGCCAUGGAAGAGGAGUGGGCGCGCCGGAAAGCGGCCGAGGAGGCGGCGCCGCCGAUCCCGCAGGCCCCGCACGUCCACUACGCCCAGCCUCAGGAGAAGCCGCAGGUGCAAUCUAAGCGCAUCUUUUACGGCAGCGAGCUGUCGCACGCGCAGCGCGACCACCUGGGUGUGAACCUGGUGCCGGUGCCGCCGCCGGCCGGCCGGCCGGAAGAGGACGCAGACCCCGCAGCUGCCGCGCCGGAGGCGGGAGACCCUGGCUCCCAGGAGAUGCAAGACCGCGUGGCAGCAGCGCGUGAGCUGCAGGCGAAGCUGUGCGUGGAGUACCCGCACGGCAUCCCGAAACUCGUGUUGGCUCAGCUGAGGGCGGAGGGCAUGCUGACGCUCGCGGACCUUCCCUCGCUGGGCUUCGCAUCGUCGGCGAGCAAUGCUGCCUUCUAAGCACUGCACGCUCUGCUCUUGUGUGGUAGCGCUGUAACUGUUUGGGGAACGGUGGAGGGGGAGGCGCAUGGGCGCUGUUGACCGCACGCACCGAGGGCUUGGUGGAAGGCGUGGGGGCAGUUGGCCUCAAGGGACUGCGCAACGCGUCGGCGGCACUCGUGUAAGACCCAUGCUACUCCAACUUCUAUGCUCGCUGGAUUCCUCGGCUUCGCACUGUUAGUCUUGAGCAUAAUAUGCUACUUGGUAAGUUAGCCUGGGAAUGGGCAUGGUGCAUGGCUGAGGAUGGAGGCAGAGCACAGACCGUCCGGCACUUCGGCCUAGUCGGCAACAACGGCCCUGCUGUGGCUGUUGCUGCUGUAGCCAACGAUAAUGUAUACAUGGCUUGCAGGCGUCUGACGGUUAGCUAGCUAGCGGUCUGGGAUGAUUGGCGGGUAAGUGAUUGCGUGUAUGUGGCCCGCGUGGGGCAACUGCUGCGGAGCCAUUGCCGGAUGUGUUACAAAGAACAAGGAGAGCGCCGCUGAGAGGGUUGACACGGUGCUGCAAAACUUGUGCCAACAGGCAGGGCGCCGCACUCGGCAUAAGUCACACGCGUAGUACUGACGCGCUGUUCAUAUGUACUUUACGGUGUCUUCAAGCGUACAGGCACAGGGCAGCGCCUGACCUUGCGAUGUGCGCUAUGUGUCUCAAACCGGUCCUGACCGGUCAGGAGCUGUGCACUUGUGCAGGCCCCCUGCUCUGGUGUUUGCACCCGAGCAGAACUGCAUACGGAGUUGAUUGAACUGUGCGUCUUGCAAUGUCGCAC